UUGCUCCGAGAUUUAAAGAGAUGAGGGCUGUGAAAUAUGCUUUGUAAGCUGUGAAGAGUUAGUACAAAGAACAAAUCUGCUCCUCUUUUACGAUGCCACGAGGGAAAGCUCUUCGGUGGAAAGAUAAGAGACCUUAGCUCCUAUCAAGCAUCAACGGAGUUUCCACCGGAGCACUGCAGCAAGGGCUGCCCGAGUUCUUCUCCGCUGGCUCCUCCCCCACCACACCGGCCCCGGCCCGGGUCAGAGGCGGCGGAGGCUCCGGCGCCGGGCCUGCUGGGGCUGAAAUCCCGUGCCGGGGCGGGGCAGGCCCCGGCCGCCCAGUUCCUGCUUCUAUAAGCGGUGCCCGGGGCCCGGGGACGCCACAGGCGCGGACACCGCGGGCGGCGCAGGAUGGGCCCGCGCAGCGCGGCGAGCCUGCCCCGAGGCCCCGGGCCGCGGAGGCCGCUCCUCCCCGCCGUCCUUCCGCUGCUGCUGCUGCUGCUGUUGCUGCUGCCGCCGCCGGGCUCAGGCGCCGGGGCCGGCCGGCCGCCCCACCUUGUCUUCGUGCUGGCGGACGACCUGGGCUGGAACGACGUGGGCUUCCACGGCUCGGAAAUCCGCACGCCGCACCUGGACGCGCUGGCGGCCGGCGGGGUGCUGCUAGACAACUACUACACGCAGCCGCUGUGCACGCCGUCGCGGAGCCAGCUGCUCACCGGCCGCUACCAGAUCCACACAGGUCUACAGCACCAAAUAAUCUGGCCCUGUCAGCCCAGCUGCAUUCCUCUGGAUGAAAAACUCCUGCCCCAGCUUCUAAAGGAAGCAGGCUACGCUACCCACAUGGUCGGAAAAUGGCACCUGGGAAUGUACCGGAAAGAAUGUCUUCCAACCCGCCGAGGAUUUGAUACCUACUUUGGAUAUCUUCUAGGUAGUGAAGAUUACUAUUCCCAUGAGCGCUGUACGUUAAUCAAUGCUCUGAAUGUUACACGAUGUGCUCUUGAUUUUCGAGAUAAUGAAGAAGUUGCAACAGGGUAUAAAAAUAUGUAUUCAACAAAUGUAUUUACUGAAAGGGCUACAACCCUCAUAACUAACCACCCACCAGAGAAGCCUCUGUUUCUCUACCUUGCUCUCCAGUCUGUCCAUGAGCCCCUUCAGGUCCCGGAGGAAUACCUGAAGCCAUACGACUUUAUCCAAGAUAAGAAUAGGCAUUACUAUGCAGGAAUGGUGUCCCUUAUGGAUGAAGCAGUGGGAAAUGUCGCCACAGCCUUAAAAAGCCGUGGGCUCUGGAACAACACGGUGUUCAUCUUCUCCACAGAUAACGGUGGGCAGACAUUGGCAGGGGGCAAUAACUGGCCCCUUCGAGGAAGAAAGUGGAGCCUGUGGGAAGGAGGCGUGCGAGGGGUGGGCUUUGUGGCCGGCCCCUUGCUGAAACGGAGGGGCGUGAAGAACCGGGAGCUCAUCCACAUUUCCGACUGGCUGCCGACCCUGGUGAAGCUGGCGGGGGGCAGCACAGAGGGCACCAAGCCUCUGGAUGGCUUCGAUGUGUGGAAAACCAUCAGUGAAGGAAGCCCAUCCCCCAGAAUGGAGCUGCUGCACAAUAUCGAUCCGAACUUUGUAGAUGUUUCACCAUGUCCUGGGAACAGCAUGGUUCCGGCAAAGGAUGAUUUUUCCCUUCCAGAAUAUUCAGCCUUCAACACAUCUGUCCAUGCUGCCAUUAGAUACAGGAACUGGAAACUCCUCACGGGCUACCCAGGCUGUGGUUACUGGUUUCCUCCACCAUCUCAAUAUAAUGUUUCCGUGAUACCCUCCUCGGACCCUCCGACCAAGACCUACUGGCUCUUUGACAUUGAUCAGGACCCACAGGAAAGGCAUGACCUGUCAAGAGAAUAUCCUCAUAUCGUCAAGCAGCUCCUUUCCCGUCUGCAGUUCUACCAGAAACACUCGGUGCCCGUGUACUUCCCAGCACAAGAUCCCCGCUGUGAUCCCAAGGCCACUGGGGCUUGGGGCCCUUGGAUGUAGGAUUUCAGGCAACCUAAGGGGCAGCUAGAAAGCCUUUCUGUUGCGAGUUGGACUUCAGGCCUUUACUUUAUGACUCUUGUCUCAUUUGUUCUCCCAACCUAGGUUCACCUGGCCCUUCUCUUGCUCCUAAACCACACUGAGGUGUCUAAUUUCAACCCCUAGUACAUUUGAGAUGCUGAUAAAAUCUGAGUACUUCUGCUGUUGACUGGGGCGUGUGUCUAGAGGAGAGGGUGACUGGCUUCCUUCCCUCUUUCCUGAGCCGUGGGACAGCAGGGAACACGAUUUGAAAGAGGAAGUUAUUGAGUCUUGGAACCUGGAGCAGCUGGCUCUUUUUGCCUCACAAGUCAGAUGUUAGAUUUCCCUCUGCCCAUAGCUGGGUUUUAUUGGAGUGAUUCACAUUUCUUGUAACAAAAUGAAAGGGUCAGACAGUUGUUAAUGGUUCUGUUGGCCAGGGGUUCUCCCUGUCUGUGAGAGAUCGUGUUUAGGCAUCCCAUGUGAAUACCCCGGCUUGGUUCACCCCUCGCUCAUGCAUGUCUUCACUCACCUCGUCACUCAUCCCGUCAUGGAGCGUAAGGCUCGUUGCAUUAUUAAGAUCAGUGUGGCACUAGGCCUACUCCUUGGUUUUGGUUUUUACAAUAAAGAAAUUUGUUUUUUCCCCAGUUUUUUCCAGCCUCUGCGCAUCUUGUCUGGACUGCCUGCUACCCCACUCCCUUUGUGGUUCUUUUUCUACCCUUUCUUCUGACUCAGGUAUCCCAUGCCUGGGAAGGCUGCUUCGCUUCUCCACUAUGCGCACCACUGGUUUUUGGAACACUGCUGAGGCCUGCCUUCCUUUUGCUCCUGACACUAAAGCUAGAGCCCCGCCCAGAAAGGGCAGUGCGUCUGGCUCUGUGGGCAUGCUCAUGGCAGUGCUUGGGUCUCUGUCAUCUGCUUGGUGACUUUUUUUCUAGUUUAUUCUCAUGAGUGUAGCUGUGUCUCAUAAUAUAUUCAGUUGCACUGCUCUUCGGUAGCAGUGAGUAGAAACCCUGGGAAAGGAUAAUAUUGUCCUGAGACGAUGCAAGUAGGCAAUUUGAAAAAGGAAAUGGCCGGCAUCCGGGAUGCCGGGCCUUGGUAACGCAGAUGAAGGCACAACCACGUUUCUCUUAGUCUCUCAGUUUUACUGCUUGUAUUGAGGUUCUGAAGUUGGGGAAGGAGGAUGCACAGUUUGACCUGCCAGCUCUUUCUUAGCCCCACCAAUGUCCUACUAAUGUGGACCAGUCCAGAUUAGCUUCAGGAAUGUCAAACUGGCACCAAUGCCUGGUACAUAGAAGGCACUCAAUACACUUUUAAAAAAAUAAAUGAAUGAAUGAACAAAUGAGUAAAUGAGAAAGUCUCACACCAUGGAAGGUGCUAGUCCAAUGAGCUGAACACGGGGCUGAAUAUAAAUAUCUUCCAACCGUCGCUUUUCUCUUCUCGAGCUGCCCUCCUGGGGUAGGAGCACAGUCUGCAUAUCUGGGAAGUCUAGGACAUGCCACAGUGAAGUUGUAAUGUCCUCUCAGAGGGAGAGGAGAGAAAAAUAUGCCUACUGAAGAUACUCUUCUGCCAAUAAUCCUCAGUUCUCUUCUGCAGAGGACACUAGAAUCUAAAACUACCAAGCCGUAUGAUAUAGGUCAUGGUACAGCCAUCCUUCAAUUCAGUAGCAGUAUUCUCCGGUUACAACUAACUUGUAUUAAAAUACAGUGAUUGGAAAGAAAUGGUGCUAGAACUAAUGACACCUGUUACCAACCUGUACCCUACUCCUGGGCUGGCAUGCAGCUGGCCAAAAUGCUACUAACUCUCACUCCCAUACCUGUGGCGGAUAUUAGGAACUAACUGAGCCCAGAGGUUCCUUCUGGAUCCUUCUAACCCCAGGACUGUAGGUACCAUUAAUACUAUAAGAUUGGAGGACAUCACUACAUGACACCUAUUUGCUCCCCCUGCUGUCCCAGCAGCUGUUCCCAGUUCUAGUUCCUUGAUCGCUAUGUACGAUGUGGAUGUUCUGCACUCGAUGGACCUAAAGGGAACUUUAAAGACAGUUUUUGGUAAAACUUUUGUUUGAGAUUUUAUGUUAUCCAUAAUAGAAUGUACUCAUUGAAUUUUCUUAUUCUGUACAAGAAUGUGAACAGAUUCAUAUGCUGUCAUUAGAAGUAUUAAUGGUGUUUCUCUCUGAUUUUGUUUACCUUUAAAGAAGUUUUGUUUAUUGUUUUUCUUUUUACUACCUGAUUGUGCCAGAUUUGGGGGACAAAAAAUUAAAUUUAUCUUUGAAAGUGUGUCAGCUGUGAGUAUGGGGUUUCCAUUUGGGAGAUGAAAAAGUUCUGGAACUGGAUAGUGGUGGUGGUUGCACAACAUCAUGAAUGCACUUAAUGCCUCUGAAUUGUAUACUUUAAAAUGGUUAAAAUGUGUAGUUUUUAACCACAAUUUCAAAAAUGUGUUGGCCCAUUUUAUGGUAUGUGAAUUAUAACUCAAGAAAGCUAUUAAAUAAAUAAAUAUAGCAAAAAAUAUCAGA